AGCGUGGGCACCUGAAAUUCGGUCAAGCUGCGGCACUGUGCGCUCGCUGUGACUGUCCACCCAGCUGCGCGAGAUGCGGGGACAGGACAUGAACCGACCGGACGGGUACUGAUGAAAGGAGGGUUUGGGGAUUAACAUGGAUGUCCCGGUGGCCUCUUUGUCACACGCACCUUCCGCAUGAAGAUGCGGAUUCGUCGGCGUUUCACUCGAAAUAGGCCUACAGGACUUUGACAGGCAUCGCAACGUCGUCUCUUCUCGAAUACCAGCCCUGGAAUCAGUGAUAAAAUGUCAGAUUGAUACAUCCGCGUUUGCCCUCUCUGUCCCUUUUUUCUCGUUCUCCUUUUUUGCCUUCGCUCUCUUUCCCUCCCCUCCCUUUCUCAUUUAUUUCUCGGCUGCGUCCGAAGAUUCUGCUAUGGUAGACACAAACGCAACGAGGAAAACCUCUGCGGUACCGGAGAUUACGCCUCUGGAUCGGUACGAUUUCGGCCGGGCCAAGAUACACGCCAGUGUUCGAUGGCUGUUGGUCAAGGCCUAUGGGUCUGGAGAGGGCGUGCCGGCGGACCUGCGGGAGCCACUGUCCCACGACGCCACCACCACCACCACCACCAAGCACAAGCAGCCUCCCCAGCCACAGCAGCAGGACCAGGCGCUGAAACCUGCGGUGGCGCGGCUGCUCCUCUCCUGCGAGCUGUACCGCCGCGCCUACGCCAGCGUCCAGCAGGGGGCGCCCACCGCCCAGGGGCCCAAGGACCACGAGGGGCUGCUGCAGGCGCUGGCCAAGAGGGGCCUGGAGGCGGCCGUCAGCGAGGGGGAGCUGGCCUGCCAGCCAAUCAAAGUGGGUGCCCAUCUGGCUGUGAUUGACGCGAUGAUGACACUGGCAGCCAUGGAAACCGUCGGUGGAGUAAAGAUGGCUAAGGAGGUGGAGCAGUUUGGGGGUGGACCCACCUGGGAGAAUGCACUGUUGUUCUGGGUCAACAAGCUGAUUCAGAAGUUGAGAGAAAGCACAGACACAGAGGAGGUCCCAAAACCUCAACCCACCUGUACAGACCUGCAGCCUGUUCAGCCAUCGUGUCCGACUCGCUGGUACUGGAAGUUGGUCCCUCAUGCCAUCGCUUUUUGUUUGAAGGAGUCGGGGAAUAAGCCGCCUGUGAUUCGCUACAGGAAGGAUAAGGUGCAGUCCAAACAAACUCCUACGUUUCCGUUUGUGUCGGAGAUGAAGGAUCUGUCUAAUGGCUGUGCAAUCGCCGCCGUGCUGCACUUCUACUGUCCAACGCUGCUCCGACUGGAAGACGUGUGCCUGAGGGACACCAUGUCGGUGGCGGACAGUCUGUACAACCUGCAGCUCAUCAGGGACUUCUGUGAGCGCUGGCUGAAAGGAUGCUGCCCCCUGGUGUUGGAGGACCUACUCUACACCCCACCAACACUAAAGCUGAACAUCAUGUGCUUCAUGGCUGAGCUUUUGAAAUGGUUUGAGGUGCAGAAACCAGACAUCGUCCAACCAUUACUGACCUUGGACCUCACAGAUGCCUCAGGUCUAGAUGGCUGUACAAGCCCAAUGAAUGGGAACAGUAACAGUGGCUCUCCGUCAUUCAUCUUCAAGCAGCCCUUUCUGCCCAUCACCUCUCCAGUGUCCCCAGCAGGAGGAUCAGAAGGGAAAGGCUGGACAAAAAAGCAACUCAGUCGCCCUCUCUCGGCGGUAGCCUUCAGUAUCCCUUUCCCUCUGGACAGUGACGUGGACGUCGUCAUGGGCAACCCGCUCUUCCGCUCCGUCAGCACCGACAGCCUGACCGCCGUGUCCACGGCGAUGACACACCACCACCCUUACACUCCGCCCGAGGACCUGAGUCACAUGAUCCCCCCUGCACAAAUGGGAGAGCUGCCCACCAUCGAGGAGGCCCUGCACAUCAUCCACGCGCCCAACGGCGGUGUGGCUGUCCGGCAGAGGCCAGAGGGGGCGCCAGCGGGCUUCUACCUGCACUCGCCCGGCGAGGACGACCCGGGGAGCGAGGAGGAGGCGCCUGGAAGUGGGAGGGGCAAUGGGAAGAUGAAGGGCGGGUCGAGGCUCAGCUGCUCCGCCCCGUCUCGCUCGAUGCUGCUGCGCCGGCCGGUGGUGGGCGUGGACUCCCCCUCGGAAGGCACCGCCCCUCCUGUCGUCGUCACGGUGACGGCAGCCUCGACCACAACGGGAAGCCACAACAACGCCUCGCCACCCGUCACCCCAGGCAAGGCGCGCACGAUGACCAGCUUCGCGGAGCGCCGUCGGAGGCAGCCCGAGUCGCCCAUGACUCCGUCGGAGCCUGCGCCCACGCCUGACGAGCGCGAAGGGACCGGGACCUCCUCACCCAGACGCCCCGCCCCCAGAGGAGGAGGAGGAGGAGGAGGAAGAGGAGAGGAUGGCGGCGACGAGGACAGCCCGAGCGUGAGCAGCCCCGCCGGGCAGGCGGAGGCCUGGGAGCUGGCCUCUCGGCUGGAGGAGAAGCGGCGUGCCAUCGAGUCCCAGAAGAGGCGCAUCGAGGCCAUCUUCACACGCCACCGCCAGCGCCUGGGCAAGACGGCCUUCCUGCAGCUCAAGAGGGAGCAGGGGGAGGGAGAGGGGGGAGAGAAAGGUGGAGGAGGAGGAGGAGGAGGAGGAGAAGUGGAUUCGAUGAGUCUGGAGGAGCGCCUCUCGCGCAUGGAGGAGGAACUGCAGCGCGAGGAGGAGAAGGAGAAGGAUGAAGACAAAGAGACGGCGAAAGAGGAGAAGGAGAAAGAGAGGGAAGGAGGAGAGAAGGCGACAGAGGAGGAGGUGGGAAGUGGGAGCGGCAAGGCGCCCAGUGGGGCGGCGGCACCCAAGCUGGAGAAGCAGGUGACCUUCUCCGUGGAGACCAGGAAGGGGCAGGAGAGCGGGGCCGCACCCCUGAGCCAAUACGACGACGCGGUGACCAAGCUGAGCUCCGCCCUGCAGGCGCUACAAAAGGACAUGCAGAAGCUGACGGAGCAACAGCAGAAGCUCAUGGGCGGGGCCAAGAAGACCACGCCCACCAAGACCACUCCCUUCAGGAAGACUCCGCCCCCUAGCAAGGCCUGGGUCAUACCGGCCAGCCCCAAAGGCUCGGCCUCGGCAUCGGCAUCGGCCUCUGUCCCUCGCCUGUCUCGAGAGUCCACUCGUGAUAUGUCCCCGUCCUCGCCCUCGCGGUCCGCCCACAACCACCAAGCUCUGCCCAGUGCCGCGCCCAAGUCCCCUCAGGCGACCGCCACCGGCUCUGCCUCCGCUGGCCGGAAGACUCCCAAGAGCCCCUCGUCCACUGUCCCCAAGAGCCCCUCGUCCACUGUCCCCAAGAGCCCCUCGUCCUCUGUCCCCAAGAGUCCCCGUCGGCAGAGGGCGCCCGCGCGUCCUUCCGACCUACGCUUCCCGCCGCUGGCCCGUGUCCUGACGACACCGCAGAGCGUCGACACGCUCCCGCACCUGCGCCGCGUCUCGCCCAGCAAGUGCCAGGUGCAGACGUCGUCCUCGCUCCGCUUCGGCGGGCCGCAGACCCCCACGCCUCAGACCCCCACGCACAAGGGACCUUCCCAUGCGCUCAAGCCCGAAGAAAGCACCUCCGAGUCGGGCUCGAGCGACGAGCACGUGGCCAUGUUCAGCCUGGAGCUCGACGUGGGUCCUCCUCCUGCUCCUCCGGCUACCAUUACCGCUGCUCAAGCUUUAGCAACCGCUAAUGCUAACGCUAGCGCUAAUGCUAGCGCUAUUGCUAUUGCUAAUGCUAAUGCUAAUGCUAGCGCUAUUGCUACCGGAGCUGCUUUCCCGAGACCUCCAGGGUCGGUGGCCGGCGGGAGCAGUGUAGGGGGAGGCAGCAGCUCGGGGGCCCCGUCCGAGUGCUCCUUUGACAGCGACCUCAUGAUCAGUGGCGGCCUGACAGACGGAGAGGUGGAGGUGGAGACAGAGGGAGAAGGAGGAGGAGAAGGAGGAGGGGAGGAUAGUGAGCAGCUGCUGGAGGAGGCGCUGUCGUCCCUGCAGGGGCCACUAGGGGGCGGCGAGGAGACGGAUCAGGAGCUGGGGCCGGAGAUCUUCUCGUCCGACUCCAUGAGUGACCAGACAGAGUCAGACACCAAAGGAGGCGUCGGGUUCUUCUUCAGGGAGGAGGGCCUGUCGGAGGAGGAGAUGGCCCAGAGGAAAGCAGCUCUUCUGGAGAGACAACAGAGGAGAGCCGAGGAGAUGAGGAGACGCCGCCAGGAGCAGGAGAGAGAGAACAGUCGGGCGUCGUCUGCAGACGAGCUCCGCCUCUCCCAGUCCCUCCCCACUUCCUCUUUCUUUGCCCCGCCCCCUGUCCAGCGGUCACAGGCCACACCCCCGUCCACUCCCCAGAGGCGGGGCGACUUCACGCGGGAGGAGUACGAGCGACGUCACCAGCUGAAGAUCAUGUCCGACCUGGACAAGGUGCUCCGGCAGAAGCCGUCCACCAGUAAACAACAGAAACAACAACAACAAAAACAACAACAACAACAACACAAACAACAACAGCACAAGCACCGCGCCAACAAGAGUCAGGACAACAAUGCCGUCAUCACCAAGAGCCCUGCCAAGAAAAAAACUGAUUCCAGUUCAGCUGGCGCCAUGACCAACGGGCCCCUAUCUGCUGUGAAGCCCCCCAGCCGUUCCAACUCCCCCGCGGGGCGGACGAUGUCUCCGUGCCGGCCGGCCAAUCAGAACGGUGAUAAAGACUGGGAGAACGGCUCGGGGGCGUCGUCGCCGGCCUCGCUGCCCGAGUACACUGGGCCCAAGCUGUACCGUGAGCCCAGCUUCAAGUCCAACAAGUUCAUCAUCAACAACGCCCUCUCACGCUGCUGCCUGGCCGGCAAGGUCAACCAGACGCAGAAGGACAAGAUCAUUGAGGAGAUCGAGAAGAGCUCGGCGAACCACUUCCUGAUCCUUUUCCGUGACUCCCAUUGCCAGUUCAGAGCCGUCUACACGGCUGGUGGCGGCGGUGGAGCCAGCGGCAACAGCGGAGUCGGUGCCGGUGCCGGCAGCAACAGUGGCGGUGGCGGCGAGUCGUCGGAGGAGCUGGUGCGGCUGUGUGGCGUGGGGCCACGCGUCAUCUCCUGCGCCGACGUGGAGGCCAUCUACAAGUACAGCUCGGACCGCAAGCAGUUCAGCGCCAUCCCCUCCAAGACCAUGUCCAUGAGCGUGGACGCUUUCACUAUCCCCGCCCACCUCUGGCACACCAAGAAGCAGAGCACGCCCAAGAAGGUCGCCACACCCAAGUGAUCACACACACGCAGACACACACACACACACACACACACACACACACACACAUAAGCGACAGAGCCACCUCACAUUUUCUACAAGGCCCUAACUUCUUUCCAAUGAUUGACUGGGUACUCCACAUGUUGGGUGGCCCAAGAAGGCCAGAUCUGGAUACCAAGCUAUGCCCCAAAGGCCAUAGAGCCUUGAUGUAAUCAUUUUAAAAAAUCCUGCAAAGAUGCAAAGUCUUAAGUCUCCCUUUCACCUAAAUCACCAAUGAACAAAUGUGACACUCACAAAAUGAAAUGGCACUAUACAGCAAAGAACAAACAUGCACCCAAAUGCAUGUCAAUUAUGUACAUGAUGACCACAGGGCAGUUGUGUGGGUUGAUCACAUGGCACAUACACAACCCCACACCCCACAUGGACAAACAUCAGUCGCCACAAAAUAUGCCCCACCAUGUACAAAUGGCAAGUUAAGUGGUUAUAGGUAUUACACUGAUAGGCAUGUCAUCUAUAUUGACCCAGAGCCAUAUAGAUAUCAAGAGAGUUCCAUUAUCAGCAUCAUAGUUGUUCCCACAAGGCUUCCGUUUUAACAUUCCGUUAUCUUAAUGAAGUGGAAGUAGAAAGCAACGUUCAAAAUAGAACGUUCAAGCAUUGUUGAAAGGGUCUAUUAAAUGUGUGUAUGUCAGUGACACACCAAGUGUUCUGUGUCUCCAUAGGAGAGGAAGGGGAAGAACAUGCUAUAAUUGCUCCACAGCUCCCAAACUCUACCCCAUGUUAUAUGAGAUGAAUGUCCCUGGAUGCCUAGCCCUAUUAUAAGUCACUAUGUCCACUAAAACACCCCCCCCACCCCCCUCCUUAUUUCUGAACUUUUAUAAACUGCUGUAGGUUCAUAAGUGUCUGUGGUUUGUAAAGCUUCCUCUGAAGUGCCCUAGUUCAGUGUUCUCACAAAAACACACCAGACUGAUGAUAAUAAGAUGUGAAUAAUAACAACAACCUGUGCUGUUGAAUUGUGGUCUCGUGCUAGACCUGUCUCUGACCCAGGAAUGUCUAUUAAUUUUCUUUCCUAGCUUUAAAUCGAAAGCAAUGUCAAUGGCAAGCUCCUCUAUCCUUUCUCCUUUUUCUUCCAUAUAAGACUGUAAAUAGUGUUCUUUGUAGGUUUUUAAGGUCAUUUGUUGCCCACAAAACUUUUCCAAAGAGUCUUGAAAGCCACUCUCCCUUUUUUUUUCUCUGCAUGAACAUGGUACAGGCAGAUCACCUGUCCCAUUGUGUGGGUCAUACCACCUGAGCACUUAAGGGGAUGAAGACUUUUUUUUCUUACUCUGUGUUGUAUUUUAAAGAUAAGCUGUGUAUAGUUACUGUAUGUACGUAGGCUCAUUGCCACCCUGCAUCUCAGACAAAGGAGUUUUUUCGAUCAUCUUUGUCUUUUUUUAAAAUAAUUCUUUUGCCAUAAGUAAUGAACUUGAGAAACAGUAGCCCACUGUUACCAAGGACACUAGCCUUAUCUCUGAUAUGACCUGUUAUGGGUCAAAAACUAAUAGUGGGGGUUAUGUCUUCAGGCUGCUGUUAUACACACACACACACACACACACACACACACACACACACACACACACACACACACACACACACACACACACACACACACAUCCAGAAGACCUGGAAAGUCUUUGAAUUUGAAGUCCUUGAAUUAAAAGUGUAGGAACACUAACACACACACACUUUCUCUCUCUCUCUCUCUCUCUCUCUCUAACACACACACACACACACACAAGCACAUGCACACAUAUAUACAUAAAGAGACAAGCAUACAAUCUUUUAUGCCACAGAGAAAUGCAACCAGCUGAUUUUGCCUUCUGAUAUUUAUUUCCAAGAUUCCCUGAAGUCUUGUUUUGUAUUUGCAAAAAAAGAAAUGCCUUUUUAAGUAUUUUCACUGCUUGUUUUUUUCUCAAUUGAGUAUGGGAGCGAUUAUGCUAUCCUUGAACAGAUGAGCAAACCGUUACUGAACAGGUCAAGAAGGAAUCAAGAGGUGCAUUUGAGAAUUUCCAUUCGCAGAAUGUGAUUGUUUGUUAGUUUGUUUGCUUGUGUUUGAUUGUUUGUUUGUUUGUUUGUUUGUUUGAACCCCUUCAGCUGUGCUGCUUUGGGCUGAUGUGUAUAAAAUGCUGAAUGGCCAUUGUCUUCUGACUGACCAUAACAGUCAUGAGCUCAGUAAUCUUUGCGAAAAAGAUUGAGUUUGAAAAACAAAAAGAGUGUUUGUCCCGGCUACAAUGGCCCAAUGCCAUAGAGAUAAACAUAGAGAUGUGAUGUGUGGUCAGUGUGUGUAAAUGGUCACUGUUGCGACAUUUAAGACAUGAUGACCCUUGCCUCCAGCCAAGCCAACCCCCCCCCACCCACACACACACACACACACACACACCCUCCCAGUCAGUGGUAUGUUAGGGGUAAGAUUUCAUAUAGAAAUGUUGAAAUACACACACACACACACACACACACACACACAUACAUACACAUACAAAGAUUCACUCUGACACACACACACACACACACACAUUUCAUAUAGAAGUGUUGAAAUGUAGACAAUGUUAAUACAGAAGCUCUCUGAGUGAGGGUCACUACCUGCUGUAAAACUACAGAUUUGGUUCUUCCAAUUCUCUUCCAGUCUUUCGCAUGGUCUCUGUGAUAAUUUUCUCUUUUCUCUUGUUUUCUCUAUCUCUCUCUUUCCUACUCUCUUUCUGUCUUUCUUUCCAUCGCUCUCUUUUUCUCUUUCUCCUGUCAGCCUUUCAAUAUUCUGUCCAGUUAACCUCAAGUUUACACUUUCAGAUAUUUUGUCAUCAGUUAAAUAUACAGGAACUGCUUUAGAGAGGGUGUUUGUUUGUGUAUGGUUGUGUUAAAGUUAUAAAUGACAGGGUUUUGUGCAAUCCCAUUAUGGUGAUGCACAUGGUAUUUCCAGGGACAUCACAAUGACCUCACAAUGACAUCCAAAAAGGAACACUAUAACAUUGUAGCAAUUAUGACAUCACAGUGGUCUGUCAGUGACAUACAAAGUACUACUACACCCCUGGCUUUGUGACAUCAUAGUGCAUCACCAUUUUUUGUCAACCUGGUCCUCAUCUCAUCUGUUUUAUAAUGUAUGCAUGAUUGAGGAUGAAGUUUCUGAAAGUUAGACCAAGGCUUAAGGAUCAAUAAAUUACAUUUCAACG